UAAGGAAAAACGGCUGGAACAGCUAUGUUAGAACGAUCCACGUUGUUCGGCGUAUCUUUUACGUUUGUCGUGUUAUAAAGAAGACGGCACAACUUGGCCAGUAGUGUUUGUAAACAUGAUAGCUGUGCGCUUCAGUCGUUUCACUCACGCAUGAUUGCAAUUAAUCUCUAUGAACAUGUACUCAAGAAAUUCCUAUUACCCAGAGGUAGAAGAAGUGCACUGGUCGAACCAUGGGGAAGUCCAAACAAACAAAAAACCAUAAUAAUGGCAAAAAGAAGAACAUAGCAAAAACGUGGAAGACGAAACGCAGGACUAAAGACUUGGAUGAGAUCCAUUCAGACAUGAAGCCUGAAAUUGCUGCCAAACUGCUUCAUCAGGAGGUGGACUACGAUGUGACAGGAUGUGCACAGCACUACUGUUUACACUGCGCGAGAUAUUUUGUGGAUAUGAAAUCUUUGAAAGACCACUUCAAGACUAAAGUCCACAAGAGACGGUUGAAAGAGCUUAGGGAGGAGCCGUACACCCAGGCAGAGGCAGAGAGAGCGGCCGGAAUGGGCUCCUACAUCCCUCCAAAAAGUGUGGAGGUGAAGACCCAGCCUGUGGAAGAAGACAUGUGCUGAAAAGCUCCUUCUCUGUAAACUUAUAGUCGGAUUUACAAAAGCCUGAAGUAAAAAAAUGCACAUUUAAUGCUAAAUUGUGUGUUUUUGGAACCAGGUGUUUCAUAAGUGACUAUUAUUAGCAUCACGAAAAUGUUGCCUUAUACUAGGUAAUACAGUGUAAGUUAUGUAAUUAUGCUGCAUGCGUGUGGAACUGUGUGGAGUGGUAAUAAAGCCCGAGUUAAGAUUGCCUUUACACAAGGCUAACAAA